AUGAAUACAAUAAGUGAAGAUAGUUCUCCUACGCUCCCUCAGCGUCUGAUUGCUGUUUGUGACAUUUCGGCAGACCCCAAUGGAUCCCUGCAGUUUGUGCAGACCUGCACCACCAUCGAGAAACCCUUCGUAAUCUACAACCCAGAGACCAACACGGAGACUGAGGGAAUAUCUGGUGAUGGCUUCCUGGUAUGUUCCAUUGACAACAUGCCAACACAGCUGCCGGUGGAGUCAUCCACUUUCUUCGGCGAUGGUCUCAUGCCCUACAUCGACGACAUGCUUCUCUCCGACGCUAACACACCCUUCGAGGAAUUCAAGGCCGGCCCGGUUAUCAAGAACGUAGGUCGACCGCGCAUAGGCAUUCUCUAUAGAAAUGAAAUAGGGAAAUUCUUAACAUGCUCUGGCUUACCACAACAUCAAUAA